CAGGACGCCUUUCUGAGCUGAUGGGAGGGACGCCCUGCUGAGCCUGCCUGCCUUGGGCAGCCGCACCAUUUGUUUCGCCAAACUUCGGCUCUGCUGUUCGCAAAUUCUGCAGGGAGAAAAGACGGGGGGGCCUGAUCCUGGAUUGGCAUGCUUGAUCCAUUUCCACUUCGGUGCAGCUCUUGAGAACUUGCAUUUGUCUAUUUGUUGGCUUCUGGCAGACAACUGAGACCAGAGGACACAGAAGCUGAUGGUGAGGCCGACGCAGAAGAUGAUUCUGUCGAUGAAGUGACAACUGAAAACAUACGACCAAGACCACAAGGAUCCUCUCCGGUUUAUGAGUAUUGCAUAGAAGAUGAAUAUUUUAACAAAAAGCUUCAGCAAGAUAUAGAGAACAGACAAAGAAGGGAUUCUUCUAUCAAAAUGAGUGAUUCACAGGAGUCCAUGGAGGUGACCUUGAAAACAGAAGUGGAAUCUGGAGCAAGUGGAUUUAGUGUUGCUGGCGGAGGAGCUGAAGGAAUAUUUGUGAAGCAAGUGCUGAAGGAGUCUCCAGCAUCAAAGUUAUUCAGUCUGAGAGAAGGUGAUCAGCUUCUGAGUGCCACGAUCUUUUUUGAUAAUAUGAAAUAUGAAGAUGCACUCAAGAUUCUGCAGUAUUCCGAGCCGUACAAAGUGCAGUUCAAUCUGAAAAGAAAAUUCACUGGGAAGGAAGAGCUGGAAACAAUACAUUCCGCCACACAAUCGAAAAAGGAAAAAUUGAGCCAGGGAAAAGAAAUUCUGGAAAUAUCAGAGAAGACAAUCUCAGAAGAAGAUAAAGCAAACUUAAUUGUAAAACAAAGAGUUGGAAGACCAAAAAGAGCAAAAAAGGAUAGACUCUCCUGGCCAAAAUUCCAAUCAAUGAAAAGUAAAAAGAUUUUGGGGCACAGAAGAUCUCGAAGCACCUCAGACGCCUAUGAGCAUGCCAUUCCAGAUGUAUCUCCAACAAGCACAGAUACAGAAUCACAAUUUCAGCCAGAGGAAAUUCAUGUAAAAGUUAAAAAAGGAAGUCAAAAGAAACUCAGAUUCCCCAGUAUUGGAUUCAAGAUGCAUAGAAGUAAACAAGAAACAGAGGAGAGGACAAAAUAUGAAGUAAAACCUCUCACAAAGUAUGAACAUGAUAAAACCCAUGAAAUCCCAGAAUUAAUCACAGUAGCAUAUCCUACUUCAUGGCACGAUGACAAAAAAUUAGGAGAAAAGACGGUGCCAAAAAUCGAAACAAAAUUCGAACUCCAACAACCAACAAACAAAUGUCCCGAAGUGGAACUAACCAUAAAAAAACAUAAAGAAAAGAAAACAAAAUCCAAGGAAACCGCUACAAAAUCAGAAACCAAUAUUAUAACUUCGCAGAUUUCAACAUCUGUAUUGCACAUGAAGGAAAUAAAUGAUGAACCAACAAAACAGAUGACACAGCCAUUUCCAAAGAUGCGAAAAAGGAAGCAAAAGGGAUCAAGAGAAAAAAUGCACAUGGAAAUACAAAUAGAAAAUGAAGCAUCAGAAAAACAAGAUAAAGCUAAUGUCGAGGAAGGUAUGACCCAAAUGAAAGAAGAUUCAACCACCUCUGUAAAAACACAAAAAAUUAAGAUCCCGGCAGGCCAGGCUUCCCUAGAACUUACAGCUCCAGACCUACAGAUUGAGGCACCUUCAGCUGAAAUUGCCCUGCGCGGGGCCGAGGUUAACAUAGAAGGCGCGGACAGUAAGUUUCAAACGCCAAAGUUACAAAUGCCAAAGUUUGGGGUUUCCCUUCCAAAAGGGAAAGCAGAUGCAAAAGGGGAAAUCACCUUACCAUCUGUGGAUGUUGAGGUCCACAAGCCAGAACGGAAAGUCGAAGCAGACGUCUCUCUCCCCACAGCAAAAGUUGAAUUUCUAGAGGCAGACAUCUCCAUCAAGGUGCCUGAAGCGGAAGGCAGCAUCAAGGGAGGCGGGAUGAAAAUGCACAUGCCAAAGUUCAAGAUGCCCAGCAUGGGUUUCUCCAAACCAGAAAUCAAAGGCCCCAAAGUGGACGUAGACGUCAGCCUGCCUAAAGUAGAAGCCACUCUUCCAUCAGCUGAAGUCAGCAUUACCAAGCCUGAACUGAAAACUAGAGACCUGACGGGCGACAUCAGCCUCUCAGCCGCCGACAUUAAGAUCCCGACGGGCCAGGCUUCCCUAGAACUGAAAGCUCCAGACCUACAGAUUGAGACACCUUCGGGCGAAAUUGCGCUGGGUGGUGCUGAGGUUAAUACGGAAGGCGCAGACAGUAAAUUUAAAAUACCAAAGUUGCAAAUGCCAAAGUUUGGGGUUUCCCUUCCCAAAGGGAAAACAGCUGCGGAAGGGGAAAUCGCAUUACCAUCCGUGGAUGUUGAGGUCCACAAGCCAGAAAUGAAAGCCGAAGUGACAUUGCCCUCGGUGGCCGUCGAUGCCGACAUCAAGGUGCCAGGAGUCGAGAUUCAGGCACCAAGCGUGGAUGUGGGGGUCGUUGAGAAGGGCAAAAUCAAAAUGCCGGAUAUCAAGAUGCCGAGCGUCAAAGUCCCCAAGCUGAAGGCUCCGCAAGUGGGGGUCACCGUCCCCAAAGUCGAAGCAGACGUCUCUCUCCCCACAGCGAAAGUCAAAUUGCCAGAGGCAGAUGUCUCUGUCAAGGUGCCCGACACAGAAGGCAGCAUCGAGGGUGGCGGGAUGAAAAUGCACAUGCCAAAGUUCAAGAUGCCCAGCAUGGGUUUCUCCAAACCAGAAAUCAAAGGCCCCAAAGUGGACGUAGACGUCAGCCUGCCUAAAGUGGAAGCCGCUCUUCCAUCAGCUGAGGUCAGCAUUACCAAGCCUGAACUGAAAACAGGAGACCUGACGGGCGACAUCAGCCUCUCAGCCCCUGACAUUAAGAUCCCGACGGGCCAGGCUUCCCUAGAACUAAAAGCUCCAGACCUAAAGAUUGAGGCUCCUUCGGCCGAAAUUGCUCUGGGCGGAGCCGACGUUAAGAUGCAAGGCCCGGACAGUAAGUUUAAAAUGCCAAAGUUCCAAAUGCCAAAGUUUGGGGUUUCACUUCCGAAAGGGAGAGCAGCUGCAGAAGGGGAAAUCGCAUUACCAUCCGUGGAUGUUGAGGUCCACAAGCCAGAAAUGAAAGCAGAAGUGACAGUGCCCUCGGUAGCCGUCGAUGCCGACAUCAAGGUGCCAGGAGUCGAGAUUCAGGCACCAAGCGUGGAUGUGGGGGUCGUUGAGAAGGGCAAAAUCAAAAUGCCGGAUGUCAGGAUGCCGAGCGUCAAAGUCCCCAAGCUGAAGACUCCGCAAGUGGGGGUCACCGUCCCCAAAGUCGAAGCAGACGUCUCUCUCCCCACAGCGAAAGUCAAAUUACCAGAGGCAGAUGUCUCCGUCAAGGUGCCCGACGCAGAAGGCAGCAUCGAGGGUGGCGGGAUGAAAAUGCACAUGCCAAAGUUCAAGAUGCCCAGCAUGGGUUUCUCCAAACCAGAAAUCAAAGGCCCCAAAGUGGACGUAGACGUCAGCCUGCCUAAAGUGGAAGCCGCUCUUCCAUCAGCUGAGGUCAGCAUUACCAAGCCUGAACUGAAAACAGGAGACCUGACGGGCGACAUCAGCCUCUCAGCCCCUGACAUUAAGAUCCCGACGGGCCAGGCUUCCCUAGAACUAAAAGCUCCAGACCUAAAGAUUGAGGCACCUUCGGCCGAAAUUGUUCUGGGUGGAGCCGACGUUAAGAUGCAAGGCCCGGACAGUAAGUUUAAAAUGCCAAAGUUCCAAAUGCCAAAGUUUGGGGUUUCACUUCCGAAAGGGAGAGCAGCUGCAGAAGGGGAAAUCGCAUUACCAUCCGUGGAUGUUGAGGUCCACAAGCCAGAAAUGAAAGCAGAAGUGACAGUGCCCUCGGUAGCCGUCGAUGCCGACAUCAAGGUGCCAGGAGUCGAGAUUCAGGCACCAAGCGUGGAUGUGGGGGUCAUUGAGAAGGGCAAAAUCAAAAUGCCGGAUGUCAGGAUGCCGAGCGUCAAAGUCCCCAAGCUGAAGACUCCGCAAGUGGGGGUCACCGUCCCCAAAGUCGAAGCAGACGUCUCUCUCCCCACAGCGAAAGUCAAAUUACCAGAGGCAGAUGUCUCCGUCAAGGUGCCCGACGCAGAAGGCAGCAUCGAGGGUGGCGGGAUGAAAAUGCACAUGCCAAAGUUCAAGAUGCCCAGCAUGGGUUUCUCCAAACCAGAAAUCAAAGGCCCCAAAGUGGACGUAGACGUCAGCCUGCCUAAAGUGGAAGCCGCUCUUCCAUCAGCUGAGGUCAGCAUUACCAAGCCUGAACUGAAAACAGGAGACCUGACGGGCGACAUCAGCAUCUCAGCCCCUGACAUUGAGAUCCCGACGGGCCAGGCUUCCCUAGAACUAAAAGCUCCAGACCUAAAGAUUGAGGCUCCUUCGGCCGAAAUUGCUCUGGGCGGAGCCGACGUUAUGAUGCAAGGCCCGGACAGUAAGUUUAAAAUGCCAAAGUUCCAAAUGCCAAAGUUUGGGGUUUCACUUCCGAAAGGGAGAGCAGCUGCAGAAGGGGAAAUCGCAUUACCAUCCGUGGAUGUUGAGGUCCACAAGCCAGAAAUGAAAGCAGAAGUGACAGUGCCCUCAGUAGCCGUCGAUGCCGACAUCAAGGUGCCAGGAGUCGAGAUUCAGGCACCAAGCGUGGAUGUGGGGGUCGUUGAGAAGGGCAAAAUCAAAAUGCCGGAUGUCAAGAUGCCGAGCGUCAAAGUCCCCAAGCUGAAGACUCCGCAAGUGGGGGUCACCGUCCCCAAAGUCGAAGCAGACGUCUCUCUCCCCACAGCGAAAGUCAAAUUACCAGAGGCAGAUGUCUCCGUCAAGGUGCCCGACGCAGAAGGCAGCAUCGAGGGUGGCGGGAUGAAAAUGCACAUGCCAAAGUUCAAGAUGCCCAGCAUGGGUUUCUCCAAACCAGAAAUCAAAGGCCCCAAAGUGGACGUAGACGUCAGCCUGCCUAAAGUGGAAGCCGCUCUUCCAUCAGCUGAGGUCAGCAUUACCAAGCCUGAACUGAAAACAGGAGACCUGACGGGCGACAUCAGCCUCUCAGCCCCUGACAUUAAGAUCCCGACGGGCCAGGCUUCCCUAGAACUAAAAGCUCCAGACCUAAAGAUUGAGGCACCUUCGGCCGAAAUUGUUCUGGGUGGAGCCGACGUUAAGAUGCAAGGCCCGGACAGUAAGUUUAAAAUGCCAAAGUUCCAAAUGCCAAAGUUUGGGGUUUCACUUCCGAAAGGGAGAGCAGCUGCAGAAGGGGAAAUCGCAUUACCAUCCGUGGAUGUUGAUGUCCACAAGCCAGAAAUGAAAGCAGACGUGACAGUGCCCUCGGUGGCCGUCGAUGCCGACAUCAAGGUGCCAGGAGUCGAGAUUCAGGCACCAAGCGUGGAUGUGGGGGUCGUUGAGAAGGGCAAAAUCAAAAUGCCGGAUGUCAAGAUGCCGAGCGUCAAAGUCCCCAAGCUGAAGACUCCGCAAGUGGGGGUCACCGUCCCCAAAGUCGAAGCAGACGUCUCUCUCCCCACAGCGAAAGUCAAAUUGCCAGAGGCAGAUGUCUCCGUCAAGGUGCCCGACGCAGAAGGCAGCAUCGAGGGUGGCGGGAUGAAAAUGCACAUGCCAAAGUUCAAGAUGCCCAGCAUGGGUUUCUCCAAACCAGAAAUCAAAGGCCCCAAAGUGGACGUAGACGUCAGCCUGCCUAAAGUGGAAGCCACUCUUCCAUCAGCUGAGGUCAGCAUUACCAAGCCUGAACUGAAAACAGGAGACCUGACGGGCGACAUCAGCCUCUCAGCCCCUGACAUUAAGAUCCCGACGGGCCAGGCUUCCCUAGAACUAAAAGCUCCAGACCUAAAGAUUGAGGCACCUUCGGCCGAAAUUUCCCUGGGCGGGGCCGACGUUAAGAUGCAAGGCCCGGACAGUAAGUUUAAAAUGCCAAAGUUCCAAAUGCCAAAGUUUGGGGUUUCACUUCCGAAAGGGAGAGUAGCUGCAGAAGGGGAAAUCGCAUUACCAUCCGUGGAUGUUGAUGUCCACAAGCCAGAAAUGAAAGCCGAAGUGACAGUGCCCUCGGUGGCCGUCGAUGCCGACGUCAAGGUGCCAGGAGUCGAGAUUCAGGCACCAAGCGUGGAUGUGGGGGUCGUUGAGAAGGGCAAAAUCAAAAUGCCAGAUGUCAAGAUGCCGAGCGUCAAAGUCCCCAAGCUGAAGACUCCGCAAGUGGGGGUCACCGUCCCCAAAGUCGAAGCAGAUGUCUCUCUCCCCACAGCGAAAGUCAAAUUGCCAGAGGCAGAUGUCUCUGUCAAGGUGCCCGACGCAGAAGGCAGCAUCGAGGGUGGCGGGAUGAAAAUGCACAUGCCAAAGUUCAAGAUGCCCAGCAUGGGUUUCUCCAAACCAGAAAUCAAAGGCCCCAAAGUGGACGUAGACGUCAGCCUGCCGAAAGUGGAAGCCACUCUUCCAUCAGCUGAGGUCAGCAUUACCAAGCCUGAACUGAAAACAGGAGACCUGACGGGCGACAUCAGCCUCUCAGCCCCUGACAUUAAGAUCCCGACGGGCCAGGCUUCCCUAGAACUGAAAGCUCCAGACCUACAGAUUGAGACACCUUCGGGCGAAAUUGCUCUGGGCGGUACUGAGGUUAAUACGGAAGGCGCAGACAGUAAAUUUAAAAUACCAAAGUUGCAAAUGCCAAAGUUUGGGGUUUCCCUUCCCAAAGGGAAAACAGCUGCGGAAGGGGAAAUCGCAUUACCAUCCAUGGAUGUUGAGGUCCACAAGCCAGAAAUGAAAGCAGAAGUGACAGUGCCCUCGGUGGCCGUUGAUGCCGACAUCAAGGUGCCAGGAGUCGAGAUUCAGGCACCAAGCGUGGAUGUGGGGGUCGUUGAGAAGGGCAAAAUCAAAAUGCCGGAUGUCAAGAUGCCGAGCGUCAAAGUCCCCAAGCUGAAGACUCCGCAAGUGGGGGUCACCGUCCCCAAAGUCGAAGCAGACGUCUCUCUCCCUACAGCGAAAGUCAAAUUGCCAGAGGCAGAUGUCUCCGUCAAGGUGCCCGACGCAGAAGGCAGCAUCGAGGGUGGCGGGAUGAAAAUGCACAUGCCAAAGUUCAAGAUGCCCAGCAUGGGUUUCUCCAAACCAGAAAUCAAAGGCCCCAAAGUGGACGUAGACGUCAGCCUGCCUAAAGUGGAAGCCACUCUUCCAUCAGCUGAGGUCAGCAUUACCAAGCCUGAACUGAAAACAGGAGACCUGACGGGCGACAUCAGCCUCUCAGCCCCUGACAUUAAGAUCCCGACGGGCCAGGCUUCCCUAGAACUAAAAGCUCCAGACCUAAAGAUUGAGGCACCUUCGGCCGAAAUUUCCCUGGGCGGGGCCGACGUUAAGAUGCAAGGCCCGGACAGUAAGUUUAAAAUGCCAAAGUUCCAAAUGCCAAAGUUUGGGGUUUCCCUUCCCAAAGGGAAAACAGCUGCGGAAGGGGAAAUCACCUUACCUUCUGUGGACGUUGAGGUCCACAAGCCAGAAAUGAAAGCCGAAGUGACAGUGCCAUCGGUGGCCGUCGAUGCCGACGACAAGGUGCCAGGAGUCGAAAUUCAGGCACCAAGCGUGGAUGUGGGGGUCGUUGAGAAGGGCAAAAUGAAAAUGCCGGAUGUCAAGAUGCCGAGCGUCAAAGUCCCCAAGCUGAAGACUCCGCAAGUGGGGGUCACCGUCCCCAAAGUCGAAGCAGACGUCUCUCUCCCCACAGCGAAAGUCAAAUUGCCAGAGGCAGAUGUCUCCGUCAAGGUGCCCGACGCAGAAGGCAGCAUCGAGGGUGGCGGGAUGAAAAUGCACAUGCCAAAGUUCAAGAUGCCCAGCAUGGGUUUCUCCAAACCAGAAAUCAAAGGCCCCAAAGUGGACGUAGACGUCAGCCUGCCUAAAGUGGAAGCCGCUCUUCCAUCAGCUGAGGUCAGCAUUACCAAGCCUGAACUGAAAACAGGAGACCUGACGAGCGACAUCAGCCUCUCAGCCCCUGACAUUAAGAUCCUGACGGGCCAGGCUUCCCUAGAACUAAAAGCUCCAGACCUAAAGAUUGAGGCACCUUCGGCCGAAAUUUCCCUGGGCGGGGCCGACGUUAAGAUGCAAGGCCCGGACAGUAAGUUUAAAAUGCCAAAGUUCCAAAUGCCAAAGUUUGGGGUUUCACUUCCGAAAGGGAGAGUAGCUGCAGAAGGGGAAAUCGCAUUACCAUCCGUGGAUGUUGAGGUCCACAAGCCAGAAAUGAAAGCCGAAGUGACAGUGCCAUCGGUGGCCGUCGAUGCCGACGUCAAGGUGCCAGGAGUCGAGAUUCAGGCACCAAGCGUGGAUGUGGGGGUCGUUGAGAAGGGCAAAAUCAAAAUGCCAGAUGUCAAGAUGCCGAGCGUCAAAGUCCGCAAGCUGAAGACUCCGCAAGUGGGGGUCACCGUCCCCAAAGUCGAAGCAGACGUCUCUCUCCCCACAGCGAAAGUCAAAUUGCCAGAGGCAGAUGUCUUUGUCAAGGUGCCCGACGCAGAAGGCAGCAUCGAGGGUGGCGGGAUGAAAAUGCACAUGCCAAAGUUCAAGAUGCCCAGCAUGGGUUUCUCCAAACCAGAAAUCAAAGGCCCCAAAGUGGACGUAGACGUCAGCCUGCCUAAAGUGGAAGCCUCUCUUCCAUCAGCAGGGGUCAGCAUUACCAAGCCUGAACUGAAAACAGGAGACCUGACGGGCGACAUCAGCCUCUCAGCCCCUGACAUUAAGAUCCCAACAGGCCAGGCUUCCCUAGAACUAAAAGCUCCAGACCUAAAGAUUGAGGCACCUUCGGCCGAAAUUGCUCUCGGCGGGGUUGACGUUAGGGUGGAAGGCACGGACAGUAAGUUUAAAAUGCCAAAGUUCCAUAUGCCAAAGUUUGGGGUUUCCCUUCCCAAAGGGAAAACAGCUGAGGAAGGGGAAAUCGCAUUACCAUCCGUGGAUGUUGAGGUCCACAAGCCAGAAAUGAAAGCCGAAGUGACAGUGCCAUCGGUGGCCGUCGAUGCCGACGUCAAGGUGCCAGGAGUCGAGAUUCAGGCACCAAGCGUGGAUGUGGGGGUUGUUGAGAAGGGCAAAAUCAAAAUGCCAGAUGUCAAGAUGCCGAGCGUCAAAGUCCCCAAGCUGAAGGCUCCGCAAGUGGGGGUCACCGUCCCCAAAGUCGAAGCAGACGUCUCUCUCCCCACAGCGAAAGUCAAAUUGCCAGAGGCAGAUGUCUCUGUCAAGGUGCCCGACGCAGAAGGCAGCAUCGAGGGUGGCGGGAUGAAAAUGCACAUGCCAAAGUUCAAGAUGCCCAGCAUGGGUUUCUCCAAACCAGAAAUCAAAGGCCCCAAAGUGGACGUAGACGUCAGCCUGCCGAAAGUGGAAGCCACUCUUCCAUCAGCUGAGGUCAGCAUUACCAAGCCUGAACUGAAAACAGGAGACCUGACGGGCGACAUCAGCCUCUCAGCCCCUGACAUUAAGAUCCCAACGGGCCAGGCUUCCCUAGAACUAAAAGCUCCAGACCUAAAGAUUGAGGCACCUUCGGCCGAAAUUGCUCUCGGCGGGGUUGACGUUAAGAUGGAAGGCGUGGACAGUAAGUUUAAAAUGCCAAAGUUCCAUAUGCCAAAGUUUGGGGUUUCCCUUCCCAAAGGGAAAACAGCUGCGGAAGGGGAAAUCACAUUACCAUCUGUGGAUGUUGAGGUCCACAAGCCAGAAAUGAAAGCAGAAGUGACAUUGCCCUCGGUGGCCGUCGAUGCCGACGUCAAGGUGCCAGGAGUCGAGAUUCAGGCACCAAGCGUGGAUGUGGGGGUCGUUGAGAAGGGCAAAAUCAAAAUGCCGGAUGUCAAGAUGCCGAGCGUCAAAGUCCCCAAGCUGAAGACUCCGCAGGUGGGGGUCACCGUCCCCAAAGUCGAAGCAGACGUCUCUCUCCCUACAGCGAAAGUCAAAUUGCCAGAGGCAGAUGUCUCCGUCAAGGUGCCCGACACAGAAGGCAGCAUCGAGGGUGGCGGGAUGAAAAUGCACAUGCCAAAGUUCAAGAUGCCCAGCAUGGGUUUCUCCAAACCAGAAAUCAAAGGCCCCAAAGUGGACGUAGACGUCAGCCUGCCUAAAGUGGAAGCCGCUCUUCCAUCAGCUGAGGUCAGCAUUACCAAGCUUGAAGUGAAAACAGGAGACCUGACGGGAGACAUCAGCCUCUCAGCCCCUGACAUUAAGAUCCCGACGGGCCAGGCUUCCCUAGAACUAAAAGCUCCAGACCUAAAGAUUGAGGCUCCUUCGGCCGAAAUUGCUCUGGGCGUAGCCGACGUUAAGAUGCAAGGCCCGGACAGUAAGUUUAAAAUGCCAAAGUUCCAUAUGCCAAAGUUUGGGGUUUCCCUUCCCAAAGGGAAAACAGCUGCGGAAGGGGAAAUCGCAUUACCAUCCAUGGAUGUUGAGGUCCACAAGCCAGAAAUGAAAGCCGAAGUGACAUUGCCCUCGGUGGCUGUCGAUGCUGAUGUCAAGGUGCCAGGAGUCGAGAUUCAGGCACCAAGCGUGGAUGUGGGGGUCGUUGAGAAGGGCAAAAUCAAAAUGCCGGAUGUCAAGAUGCCGAGCGUCAAAGUCCCCAAGCUGAAGUCUCCGCAAGUGGGGGUCACCGUCCCCAAAGUCGAAGCAGACGUCUCUCUCCCCACAGCGAAAGUCAAAUUGCCAGAGGCAGAUGUCUCCGUCAAGGUGCCCGACACAGAAGGCAGCAUCGAGGGUGGCGGGAUGAAAAUGCACAUGCCAAAGUUCAAGAUGCCCAGCAUGGGUUUCUCCAAACCAGAAAUCAAAGGCCCCAAAGUGGACGUAGACGUCAGCCUGCCUAAAGUGGAAGCCGCUCUUCCAUCAGCUGAGGUCAGCAUUACCAAGCCUGAACUGAAAACAGGAGACCUGACGGGCGACAUCAGCCUCUCAGCCCCUGACAUUAAGAUCCCGACGGGCCAGGCUUCCCUAGAACUAAAAGCUCCAGACCUAAAGAUUGAGGCACCUUCGGCCGAAAUUGCUCUCGGCGGGGUUGACGUUAGGGUGGAAGGCGCGGACAGUAAGUUUAAAAUGCCAAAGUUCCAUAUGCCAAAGUUUGGGGUUUCCCUUCCCAAAGGGAAAACAGCUGCGGAAGGGGAAAUCGCAUUACCAUCCGUGGAUGUUGAGGUCCUCAAGCCAGAAAUGAAAGCCGAAGUGACAUUGCCCUCGGUGGCCGUCGAUGCCGACGUCAAGGUGCCAGGAGUCGAGAUUCAGGCACCAAGCGUGGAUGUGGGGGUCGUUGAGAAGGGCAAAAUCAAAAUGCCGGAUGUCAAGAUGCCGAGCGUCAAAGUCCCCAAGCUGAAGACUCCGCAAGUGGGGGUCACCGUCCCCAAAGUCGAAGCAGACGUCUCUCUCCCCACAGCAAAAGUCAAAUUGCCAGAGGCAGAUGUCUCCGUCAAGGUGCCCGACACAGAAGGCAGCAUCGAGGGUGGCGGGAUGAAAAUGCACAUGCCAAAGUUCAAGAUGCCCAGCAUGGGUUUCUCCAAACCAGAAAUCAAAGGCCCCAAAGUGGACGUAGACGUCAGCCUGCCUAAAGUGGAAGCCUCUCUUCCAUCAGCAGGGGUCAGCAUUACCAAGCCUGAACUGAAAACAGGAGACCUGACGGGCGACAUCAGCCUCUCAGCCCCUGACAUUAAGAUCCCAACAGGCCAGGCUUCCCUAGAACUAAAAGCUCCAGACCUAAAGAUUGAGGCACCUUCGGCCGAAAUUGCUCUCGGCGGGGUUGACGUUAGGGUGGAAGGCGCGGACAGUAAGUUUAAAAUGCCAAAGUUCCAUAUGCCAAAGUUUGGGGUUUCCCUUCCCAAAGGGAAAACAGCUGAGGAAGGGGAAAUCGCAUUACCAUCCGUGGAUGUUGAGGUCCUCAAGCCAGAAAUGAAAGCCGAAGUGACAGUGCCCUCGGUGGCCGUCGAUGCCGACGUCAAGGUGCCAGGAGUCGAGAUUCAGGCACCAAGCGUGGAUGUGGGGGUCGUUGAGAAGGGCAAAAUCAAAAUGCCGGAUGUCAAGAUGCCGAGCGUCAAAGUCCCCAAGCUGAAGACUCCGCAAGUGGGGGUCACCGUCCCCAAAGUCGAAGCAGACGUCUCUCUCCCCACAGCGAAAGUCAAAUUGCCAGAGGCAGAUGUCUCUGUCAAGGUGCCCGACGCAGAAGGCAGCAUCGAGGGUGGCGGGAUGAAAAUGCACAUGCCAAAGUUCAAGAUGCCCAGCAUGGGUUUCUCCAAACCAGAAAUCAAAGGCCCCAAAGUGGACGUAGACGUCAGCCUGCCGAAAGUGGAAGCCGCUCUUCCAUCAGCUGAGGUCAGCAUUACCAAGCCUGAACUGAAAACAGGAGACCUGACGGGUGACAUCAGCCUCUCAGCCCCUGACAUUAAGAUCCCGACGGGCCAGGCUUCCCUAGAACUAAAAGCUCCAGACCUAAAGAUUGAGGCACCUUCGGCCGAAAUUGCUCUCGGCGGGGCCGACGUUAAGAUGCAAGGCCCGGACAGUAAGUUUAAAAUGCCAAAGUUCCAUAUGCCAAAGUUUGGGGUUUCACUUCCGAAAGGGAGAGCAGCUGCAGAAGGGGAAAUCGCAUUACCAUCCGUAGAUGUUGAGGUCCACAAGCCAGAAAUGAAAGCCGAAGUGACAGUGCCAUCGGUGGCCGUCGAUGCCGACGUCAAGGUGCCAGGAAUCGAGAUUCAGGCACCAAGCGUGGAUGUGGGGGUUGUUGAGAAGGGCAAAAUCAAAAUGCCAGAUGUCAAGAUGCCGAGCGUCAAAGUCCCCAAGCUGAAGACUCCGCAAGUGGGGGUCACCGUCCCCAAAGUCGAAGCAGACGUCUCUCUCCCCACAGCGAAAGUCAAAUUGCCAGAGGCAGAUGUCUCCGUCAAGGUGCCCGACGCAGAAGGCAGCAUCGAGGGUGGCGGGAUGAAAAUGCACAUGCCAAAGUUCAAGAUGCCCAGCAUGGGUUUCUCCAAACCAGAAAUCAAAGGCCCCAAAGUGGACGUAGACGUCAGCCUGCCUAAAGUGGAAGCCGCUCUUCCAUCAGCUGAGGUCAGCAUUACCAAGCCUGAACUGAAAACAGGAGACCUGACGGGCGACAUCAGCCUCUCAGCCCCUGACAUUAAGAUCCCGACGGGCCAGGCUUCCCUAGAACUAAAAGCUCCAGACCUAAAGAUUGAGGCACCUUCGGCCGAAAUUGCUCUGGGCGGGGCCGACGUUAAGAUGCAAGGCCCGGACAGUAAGUUUAAAAUGCCAAAGUUCCAUAUGCCAAAGUUUGGGGUUUCACUUCCGAAAGGGAGAGCAGCUGCAGAAGGGGAAAUCGCAUUACCAUCCGUGGAUGUUGAGGUCCACAAGCCAGAAAUGAAAGCCGAAGUGACAGUGCCAUCGGUGGCCGUCGAUGCCGACGUCAAGGUGCCAGGAGUCGAGAUUCAGGCACCAAGCGUGGAUGUGGGGGUCGUUGAGAAGGGCAAAAUCAAAAUGCCAGAUGUCAAGAUGCCGAGCGUCAAAGUCCCCAAGAUGAAGACUCCGCAAGUGGGGGUCACCGUCCCCAAAGUCGAAGCAGACGUCUCUCUCCCCACAGCGAAAGUCAAAUUGCCAGAGGCAGAUGUCUCUGUCAAGGUGCCUGACGCAGAAGGCAGCAUCGAGGGUGGCGGGAUGAAAAUGCACAUGCCAAAGUUCAAGAUGCCCAGCAUUGGUUUCUCCAAACCAGAAAUCAAAGGCCCCAAAGUGGACGUAGACGUCAGCCUGCCUAAAGUGGAAGCCGCUGUUCCAUCAGCUGAGGUCAGCAUUACCAAGCCUGAACUGAAAACAGGAGGCGUGAUGGGCGACAUCAGCCUCUCAGCCCCUGACAUUAAGAUCCCAACAGGCCAGGCUUCCCUAGAACUACAAGCUCCAGACCUAAAGAUUGAGGCUCCUUCGGCCAAAAUUGCUCUGGACGCGGCCGACGUUAAGAUGGAAGGCGUGGACAGUAAGUUUAGAAUGCCAAAGUUCCAUAUGCCAAAGUUUGGGGUUUCCCUUCCCAAAGGGAAAACAGCUGCGGAAGGGGAAAUCACAUUACCAUCUGUGGAUGUUGAGGUCCAAAAGCCAGAAAUGAAAGCCGAAGUGACAUUGCCCUCGGUGGCCGUCGAUGCCGAUGUCAAGGUGCCAGGAGUCAAGAUUCAGGCACCAAGCGUGGAUGUGGGGGUCGUUGAGAAGGGCAAAAUCAAAAUGCCGGAUGUCAAGAUGCCGAGCGUCAAAGUCCCCAAGCUGAAGACUCCACAAGUGGGGGUCACCGUCCCCAAAGUCGAAGCAGACGUCUCUCUCCCCACAGCGAAAGUCAAAUUGCCAGAGGCAGAUGUCUCUGUCAAGGUGCCCGACGCAGAAGGCAGCAUCGAGGGUGGCGGGAUGAAAAUGCACAUGCCAAAGUUCAAGAUGCCCAGCAUGGGUUUCUCCAAACCAGAAAUCAAAGGCCCCAAAGUGGACGUAGACGUCAGCCUGCCGAAAGUGGAAGCCGCUCUUCCUUCAGCUGAGGUCAGCAUUACCAAGCCUGAACUGAAAACAGGAGGCGUGAUGGGCGACAUCAGCCUCUCAGCCCCUGACAUUAAGAUCCCGACAGGCCAGGCUUCCCUAGAACUAAAAGCUCCAGACCUAAAGAUUGAGGCACCUUCGGCCGAAAUUGCCCUGGGCGGCGCCGAGGUUAAGUUGGAAGGCGCGGACAGUAACUUUCAAAUGCCAAAGUUCCAAAUGCCAAAGUUUGGGGUUUCCCUUCCCAAAGGGAAAGUAGCUGCAGAAGGGGAAAUCACCUUACCUUCUGUGGACGUUGAGGUCCAAAAGCCAGAAAUGAAAGCCGAUGUGGUAGUCGACCCAUUGGCCAUCGAGACUGAUAUUAAGGGAGAAUCGUCUGUUGUAGGUAGUGGGUCUUCAGGAUGGAAAAUCUCUUUGCCUUCCUUCAAAAAAGCUAAAAUUCCUAAAGGAGAGAUUAAAACAUCUAAUGUAGAUGUUAGCCUCCCAGUCAUGGAUGUUGAUAUUUCCCAAGCAGAUGUAGACAUUCUUUGUUCUGAUGAUGAGUUGGAUGUGAACAUUGAAGAUGGUUCUUCAGGGAAGCAUUCUAAGAAGAAAAGUAGCAAGUUUAAAAUGCCUAAAUUUAACAUUUCCUCUUUUGGAAAGUCCAGCUCAUACAAGACUGGCACUGUGACUGAAGGAAGUCUUAGAGAUCCCGAGUUAGUGGCUCCUUCUGGACCUGAUGGAGACAUAGUUUUAUCUGGAAUUGGGACAAUCAGCCCUGCUUUGGAUCUUGAUUCUUCUGUUAGUCGAGAAAAAGUGAUGUCCCAAGUGAACGUUUCUGAAGUCAGAAUGGAUGUUCCUGAAUCUCAGGGUCAUUUAGGUGGGAUAAAUAUCAGCUUGCCUAGAUUUCAUCUGCCUAAUUUGGGGUUUUCAAAGGUUGAGAUAACUCCUCCUAAAAUUGAUGAAGGUGAAAAAGUAGCAGAUAGUGAUGUGACUCUUACCAAAUAUCAUAUGACUUCCGAAGAACCUGAACUGGAACUAGGGGGUGAUGUUGUAAAAUUGCCAGAAAUGGAGAAUAAAUUUGAAUUGAUGAUCCAAGCUCCAAUGGCAGGAUCUGAAGGUAUAUCAGUUGACACUGAUUCCAGUGCAACAGAGUUCAGUGUUGAUGGCUCAAAGGGGAAGAUUAAAAUGCCAAAAUUCCAAAUGCCAAAGUUUGGAUUAUCACGUGCUAAGGAUAAAGUGCCAGAGAGUAAAGUCAGUGUAUGCAAAGUUGACAUUGACAUCCCUGACAGAGAUAUUGAUGUGCAAGUUUUGGAUAUCAGAAAAUCUGAAGCCCCUGAUGUAGAGGCAGAUGUUUCAGGCCUAAACAUGCAGGUUUCAGCUGUGAAAGUUCCCCAAAUGCCAAGAGCUGUUAUUAAAACAUCAGAGAUAGAUGUUGUCCUUCCUUCUGUACCAGAAUCAGAGAUUAAUAUUCAGGGACCAGAUUUAGACAUUAAUGAUAUAAAAAGUGAACCUGAUGAAAAGGACACUGUAGAAAAAGAAAGUAAAUUUAAGAUGCCAAAAUUCAGACUACCAUCAUUUAGCUGGUCGCCAAAAAAAGAAGCAAGUGUUUCCACUGAUAUUGAUGCAAACUUAGAAGAACCCUCAGUUACAAUUUCAGCAAGUGAAAUAGAAUCUGAAUUAACACUCACUUUGGAGGAUGUUGAAGGCCAAGCUGAAGAAUUGGAGGGUCACAUGUCUAUUGAUAAAGACAGUGAGAAAACCAGAAUUAGAUCUCAGUUUAGCAUGCCAAAAAUAUCCCUUCCAAAAAUGAAGGGCCAUAAAGCCGAAAUGUCUCUGUCACAGCUGGACACUGAUAUGACAGUAUCUAUGUCUGAGGAAGAAAGGGACAUUUCACUACAAAUACCAGAUAAAGAAAUCAGUAGUGGUGAUGCUAGAAAAGGCAUUAAAAUGCCCAAAGUUAAAUUACCAAGCCUAGAACUUUCCAAACCAGAAAUUAAAGCUCCUAAAUUGGACACGGAGGUCAGCUUACCUAAAAGUGAUGUCAAAGUCCCUGCACUUGAUGUCAGUCUUUCAAAACCAGAAUUAAAAAUAGCUGUUGUUGGUGAAGAGAUUAGUAAAUCAACAGCAGAUAUUAAGGCUGCUAUGGUGAAAAGUCCAGAAGUAGGAGUGGAAGUACCAUCCACUGAAGUACAUGUAGAUGGACCAGAGAUUAAAACUGAAGGUGUAGAUGGGAAGGUGAAAAGGCCAAAAUUCCAAAGGCCUAAGUUUGGAAUUUCAUUUUCUAAAGGAAAAGUUCCAGUCGCUGAUGUUAAUAUACCAUCUGACGGCACUGAUACUCCCCAGCUGAAAACCACAAUAGAUAUUGCAGAUAUUGCAGUAGAAGCUCCAACGCUUGAAGUUGAGUAUGACGUAAGUGGUACAGAAAAAACUGUUUCGGAAGGGAAAAUAAAAAUGUCCCGAAUUCCUAGAGCUGACUUGAAGACUCCAGCAGUGGACAUAAGAUUACCUUCAGGUGGUCUUUCUGUGGCACAACCAGAGCCAGACACACAAGAUUCAGAUGUUAUAGCUGAGGAAGCAAAAUUUGAGAGAGAGAUAAGGAGUGGAAGUUUAGAUGCAGAAGAAAAAGAAGGUCAUUUCAAAAAGCCAAAAUUUAAAUUACCAUCAUUUAAUUGGUCUCCUAAAAAAGAAGCAAACCUUAAAACCAGCAUAAAAGAACCUCUGGAAGAUCCUAAACUGACUAUAUUGUCGGAUGAUACAGAAGUAAAAGCAGUUCUAUCAGAAGAUCAAGGAAUCCACAUGGACCAAGAUGCUGAAACAUCUACCAAAAAAGGUCAGGUGAAAAGGCCUCAUUUUACUAUGCCCAAAAUCUCCCUCUCUCGGACAAAGCUUCCAAAAUCACAGGGCAACCUACUAAAUGUAGAGGCUGAUAUUACUGUGGAAAGCGAUGGAGCUUUGGUGCAAAUACCUGACAUAGAAAGCAGUUUCACCACAAGAAAAGAAGAAGAAACAGAAAUAAGGAUAAAAAUGCCAAAGGGCAUAUCAAAAGCUGAAAUCAAAGCUCCCCAAAUAGAUAUAGAUAUUAACUUACCUAAAGCUGAUAUUAAGGAGCCCACAAUAGACAGUUCUUGUGAGCUGAAGAGUUCAGAAAUAGAAUUUGAAGGUGAAAUUGAUAUGGAUAGUGCAAGUAUGAAAAGUGCUGGCAUGGAAGGGAAGAUCAGAAUGCCAAAGCUCCAAAUGCCAAAAUUUGGAAUUUCAGUUCCUGAAGGGAAAUUGCCGGAAAGUGCCAUUGCCUUACCAAAAAUGGAAGCUGAAGUUUCUCAGCUACAAGUGACAACAGAAAUAGAGAGACUUGAUGGAAAAGCCCCAACCUUGGAAGUUAACGCCGAUACUGCUAGUGCAGAAAUAAAGGUUUCAGCUGGAAAAAUAAAAAUGCCACAAAUGCCCAGUGCUGAGAUCAAAGCACCUGACACAUCUGCUUGCAGCCCUGAUGAGAAGGAUAUAAAAGUACAAGGAGAACACAAAGCAAAGUCUGAAGAAAUUCAGACUGAGGAGUCUCAGGGCUGGUUUAAAAUGCCAAAAUUCAGGAUGCCUUCAUUUGGCCGGUCGUCUUUAAAGGGGAAAAAAGGUGAUGCUGAAGUGGAAGGCAGCCCUAGAAAAGCUCCUGUUGAUGAAGUACAAGUUGAAAUAAAAGCUCCUGAAAUUGCAAUCCAGUCUUCCCAUGUGGAUAGUGAAUCGUAUUCUGGAAAGGAUGCUUUAGAAGGCAAAGUCAUGUUUCCUCAAGAAGAGAUUACAGAAGGUGGAGUUUCAGCAGAGAAAGAAAAAGGAUCUGAUAUUGGCCUAUCAGUGGGUGAAGGCAGUCUUCCACAAUCUCCAGGAAAAGCAGAUGGUAAAUCAAGUGCCCUGGGGACCAAAACAUAUGCCGAUGUCGUCAAAUUCGGUGCCGAAGGAGAGACUUUACAAAUGCAUAAACCUGCAUCAGAAAGCACUGUACCAAAUGUGGAUAUUGAUAUAACUCUCCCUAAAUGUGAUGUGACACUUCAGCAGCACAAAGCCAAAUCAGAAACUGCAACAGUGGCUGGGGAUUCAUCUACUGAAAUUACUAUGGGUGGAACAGAGAGGGAAACCGAUACCACUGGUACAGAGGCAGAGGUAGCUGUGCAAGGCCCCAGUGCAGUCGCAAAGACGGAACAGAUGGAGAGCCAAAUGAAAUCACCAAGGAAGGAUAUUCAAGGAAAAGAAAGCAUAUUCAAAAUGCCCAAAUUCAGUGUGCCUUCAUUUGGGUGGUCCACUACAAAGAGUACUGGCAAUGUUGCUGAUGUUAUAUCUGACUUAGAAGAGCCUGGUGUUGGCCCUUCAGAAGUUAAAAUGGAUGUUUCAGUCACUGAUGAAGAUUUUGAAAUAAUAGACUUCCCCACUGAAGGCUUUGAAAAAGAUGCAUUCGCAGAAGGUGAAGCGAAAGCAGGAGAGAGAGAUGGCUCAGGUAAAAUGAAAGCAUCUAAAUUCAAGAUGCCAAACUUUGGCAUACAUACAAAAUCCCGGGGUUCAGACAUUCAUGUUGAUCCACCCAAGUCGGAGACUGAGGUGUCAGUUGUGAAAACUGAAGGAGAGAUAUUUGGAAUCUAUGCUCAUCAAAAAGCAGAAGGGUCUGUUGAUACGAAGAGUCCAAAACUGGAUUUUGCAGAAAAACCAGUAGAUACUAUGGACAAACAAUAUGAAGAUUCAGAGCUAAGUUUCCAAAUCCCCAAAUUAAAAAUGCCCAAGUUCACACACAGCACACCUACAGCUGAAGAACAGUUUUUGAUGUCAGAAGGGCGAGCGGAUAUGAAAUGUGCUGCUACGGAUGCUGAUGGUGCACCUCAACAGGAAUUCAGGACUAAAUUCCUUGAAGAGAACGUUAAAGACACAAGUUAUAAUAUCCAGAAAUCAAAAGUCAGGAUUACCACAGUGUCUGAACCUGCUAUUCAAAGAAUGCAAGUGGAAAGUAAACAUGCAUCAAUGGACUCUUCUUUUACAGAGACAACAAUACGCAUACAGAGGCCAAUGGAAUUCAGCACUACAUUUCCUACAGAGAAAAUAGACACCAUGGAUGUUAAAAUCCAGAAGUCAGUAGCUAAAAUUACAACACUGACCGAACCAGACAUUCAGACAACACAACUUGGGGUUAAACUCCAAUCUGCGGACUCAUUUAUUCCAAGUGCACCAGCUCAUGUUGAACUACCAUACACUGAGGGUAAAGAAAUAAAGAUACAAGAUAAAUCUGCAUUUGACUAUGCUGCUGCUGAAAGUCAGCAGACUUUCUCCACUCAGAUAGUGAAGGAAUCUGAGAUUCCUCCAUCAGAAGUUAAAACUGCCACCUAUGGGUUUUCUCUUCUCAAAGUGAAAAUCCAGGAAUCACAUGUGAGCUUAGACAUACCAGUUAAACUAUCCUCUACAGAAUGUAAGAAUGAAACAUUUGAAAGUAAAGAUAAACAACCUUCGGAUGAAAGCUCAGGAAAAGCAAUAGAAAAGACUGGUUUUGCACAAUUAAAAUUAUCUGAAAGAGGCCAAGAUUUAACUGGCGAAUUUACUGAAGGAGCAUCUUCCACUACUACAAUGACAAAGCUGAAAGCAUUUACAGUAGAAGUCCAAUCUUCCAGUGACUUUGCAGAGACUCAUGCUGAUACACAGCCAAAAGAGAUGUCUGAAUCUGCUAUAGAAGUAACAGAAGAAACCAAAGUUGCAGAUGCUGAAGAAGAACCUACAGAUCAGAAAGAAAAAUCUGAUAAUAAGAAAACUUCUGGCAGAUUUAAAUUUUGGUUUCCAAGUAUUGGGUUUUCUUCUUCUGUCGAUGACACAACCUCAGAUUCAAAGCCUGAAGCUCAAAAAUCAUUUCCAGAAGAAACUCAACCUGAUGACCCAUCCACAUCAGACAGUGACUCUUCCAAACAAACUGAAAAAACUGGAUGGUUUAGAUUUCCCAAGUUAGGUUUUUCAUCUCCAACAAAAAAGAGCACAGAAGGUGAUAAAGAAGAGGAGGAAGACCCCAAAGAAAGAAGACCUCAGGAUGAAGAGAGUCCAACAGAAAAAUCAGAAACGUUUUUUGAUGCACAAGAAACGUUACCACCUAAAGAGAGAAUUCCAGAGAAACAAGAAAGUGAAACAUCAGGGACCACACCUUCAGCACCCAUUGUUUCAUCUUCAGCAAGAACAGAAUUGAUAUUGUUAGAGAAAGGGAAAGCUGCACCCCAAAGCAUUUCAGAAGAAGCAUCGAAAUGAGGUUGUUACUUCCCCCCCCCUCAAAAAAUUCAAGGAUAUCUAAAAAUAAGAUGGAGAAAACCACUUCUUUAUAAAUCAGAAAACAUAUUGGCUUCUUUCCAGCAAAAGUAAAUAGUAUAUUACAUUGAAAUGAUCUAAGAAAUAUUUUAUAUUUCGGUAGUUUACAAGCUGAUUGAAAUGCAAAAAAAAAAAAUAGUUCCUAACAAAGAAAUUUGUUGCAUAGGACAUGUAUAUAAAGAAAUAAAGACAGACAGACAAAACUACUGAUAAAAGGUAUCGAUAAUUCUAAUGAUACCAACAAAAAUCCUUUCUACUGAUUUCCACAUAAGUGUUCUUUCUUCAGACCAAUUUAGAGGAACAAAAACAGAACAAGAGAUUAAACAUGAUCAUGUGAGAAUCACAGUAAUGAUUUUGUUCUAGAUUAUUUGCAGAAAGUAGCAGGAAGCUAGUGCUGGAAGAAUUAGAAACAUUCGUUUUUUAGAUUUUAUUUUUUUAACUGUAUUUCUGCUGCUAUCUUAUGAAAAUAUAUAUUUUAAUUAUCUUAGAAUAAUAGGUGUAUUCCAGGAUCAUUUUAAAUCAUAGGCCAAAAUGGAAAUAAUACUGUAAAUGGUAUAUUGCUUAUUCUUUCUUUAUUAGUGUAAGCUACAGCUGAGUUCAGCUGAAGUAUCAGGGGAGCUAAAGCGAUUUAUAUAUCAGUGCAGAACAUUUGCACCAACAUACCUAUCUAUAGGUGCCCUGCAAUGGUAACAUCGUAAUAUCAUCUGAUGUGCUGGCAAGGCUGUUAAUACAAUCCAUCCUGAGCAUUUAUGUGCCAGAGCAGCAUAUCUGAAGGCUGUUUCUGAAUUUUUCUUUUUAUUGUCAAGGUUCUUAACAUGAGUGUCUUAAGAUAUCUAUACCUUUUGGAGAUAUGAAUGACCAUCUGUGAGGAUGGUACUCAUAGAAAAAGCAUUGCCCACAUUCACACCCAUUGUGUGGCACGUUGGGGUGUGUGCAUCUGUUGCAAUAUGUAAGAAGCAGCUCUGGUAAUGCCACUUAGAGGUUGGUGUCAGGCCUCUAGAAUGGGGAACCAAAAGAUGAAUUCUGUACAUGGCAACAAUUGCACAUGGCCUGUUUGCCAAAGGCCUGUGGCUACUAUGUCUCAAGCUGAGUGUAGGUUCCCAGUUUUACAGGGGACAUAGGAUGAAUGCAGCUGACCCUUUACAUCACCACAUGAUAAUUUACUAGUGUACACAUAAACUGAUUGUCUGUAUUGUCCUGCCAAGCAGCGAGAAUUUAACCACUUCCCUGCUUCCACAGAUUUAUCAUCAGGUACAUAAAUGUGGCCAAAUUCUUCUUACAGUUUAGCAGGACAUGAGUGUCAGCUUACAAAAUGUCAACAUGCAUUCCAUGUUGUAACCACCUGUCAAUAGUCAUCUGAAUUCACUUAUUAACAAGCAUUUACCAAAUGGGAAUUCACCACGAUGUGAAUGUAACCAUUUGGUGAGGCCAUUUUUGCAUCCAUCUUCCAAGUGGCAAAGAGAAUUUCCUCACAUAUCAGGUACCAAUAUGUGGUCACAUGGUCAUCUAUAAUCACUUAAAGUCCUCUUGACAUGUACAGUGCCGGCAAGAUACCAGGUGUUGUUGUUUUUUGCAAGUGUGUCUGGAAUAAAACUGAUCUGAAAUGUAACUAACCAUUCAUUCAUUGACAUUGAUCUUAAGACAAGCGUUGUAAGAUCCAACCAUCUCGAUAAAAAGAACCUUCUGAAUCAGGCUUUAGAAUCAGGACAAUGGUUCCAUUGCAUAGGUUAAAGUCAAGUAUUUUAGUGGGACUAGAUUGUAAACUAGGAUUCACGGGAGUAUAUACUGAAGGAAGCAUAUGCAAGUGGCUUUAAGGCUUUCCUAGAGAUAUAAGUUGUAAAUAGUUAUUAUAUGAAUGCUUCUUACAAGUAAGUAGCCAACAAGAUGGUACAUAACUGUUAAACAUUGUACUUAUGUACUGCAAGAAUGUUGAAUGUAUCCUGGCUAUGCUCCUGAUAUGGAAAUAAAAGCAGUAUCAUUA